AUACGCAGUGACUUCUGUGAUUGGCCUACAACCCGGAAGCGACAGGAACGGGGCGGAUUCAGAGACAAACGGAGGUUGUAGCAAACACAAGUCCUGAACUUGUUCGUAUAGCUUGCAUUUGUUAGUUUCAGACAGUUUGUCCUUACUUGUAGGUAUAACGUCAGGAACACGACAGUAUAGCAACAACUCGUAGCUAACUUCAGAGCCAUGGACGAAGUGACGGGUGCUCAACUGAUUGCCGAGUCCCUGAAGACUCAGAGAGUGGAAUACAUGUUUGGGAUAGUUGGCGUUCCUGUCAUUGAGGUGGCGAUGGCUGCUCAGGCUGCUGGGAUCAAAUACGUGGGAAUGCGUAACGAACAAGCGGCAUGUUAUGCGGCAUCAGCCAUUGGAUACCUCACUGGGAGACCAGGUGCCUGCCUGGUGGUGUCUGGACCUGGACUAAUUCAUGCCCUGGGUGGAAUGGCAAACGCUAAUGUUAACUGCUGGCCAGUGGUUGUUAUUGGAGGGUCCUCGGACCGAAACCAGGAAACAGCGGGAGCCUUUCAGGAGUUUCCGCAGGUGGAAGCAAGUCGCCUUUAUAGCAAGUUCUCUGCUAGACCCAGCAGUCUGGAAGCCAUCCCCUCAGUGGUAGAGAAGGCAGUUCGAACAAGCAUGUAUGGGCGUCCAGGUGCUUGUUAUGUGGAUAUUGCAGGGGACAUGGUCAAUGCUAAAGUGGACAGGAGCAAAGUCAGAGUUGUGUCCUGCUGUCCAUCUCCACCGGUUAGUUUCGCCGACCGCGGGGCAGUCACUGAAGCAGUCUCUGUUUUGAAAGCAGCUAAAAGACCCUUAAUCAUCAUUGGCAAAGGAGCAGCCUACGGCCGAGCAGAAACCGCUUUGAGGCAGUUUGUGGAGAUGAGCGGUCUGCCGUUUCUGCCCACCCCCAUGGGGAAGGGGGUCCUUCCUGAUGAUCAUCCCAACUGUGUGGCUGCUGCACGCUCAAGAGCUCUUCUCCAGGCUGAUGUUGUGCUUCUGCUCGGAGCCAGGCUGAAUUGGAUCCUGCAUUUUGGUCUGCCACCCAGAUUUGACCCCAAUGUCAAAAUCAUUCAGGUUGACCUUUGUGCGGAGGAGAUGGGGAACAAUGUGAGGCCGGCUGUUGCUCUGCUAGGAGACAUCAAUGCUGCUAUGACUCAGCUCCUGGAGUGUGUGCAUAAAGACGGCUGGAAAUAUCGCUCUGAUACAGAGUGGUGGAAAACACUGAAGGACAAAGUUGCUGCUAACGCGAAAAUAUCAAAGACGCUCGCUCUUCAGUCCACAGUGCCCAUGAACUACUACACGGUGUUUCAUCACAUUUCCCAGCUGCUGCCACAUGACUGCAUCAUUGUAAGCGAGGGUGCAAAUACUAUGGACAUAGGACGCACUAUGCUGAACAACUACCUACCUCGACACAGGUUAGAUGCUGGUACGUUUGGAACAAUGGGAGUAGGCCUUGGUUUUGCAAUAGCAGCAGCUGCUGUGGAGAGAAGCGAGAAUGCUAAAGGCCAAAGGAUAGUCUGUGUGGAGGGAGACAGUGCCUUUGGAUUUUCAGGCAUGGAGGUUGAAACCAUGUGCAGGUAUAAUCUACCUGUUGUCAUCAUAGUGAUCAAUAACAAUGGUAUUUACAGUGGAGUGGAUCCUGAUACGUGGAAAGAAAUGGCAAAAAUAGGAGAUCUGGCUUCUAUAGCCCCACCUGUGGCCCUCCUACCUGAGGCACGCUAUGAUGAGGUCAUGACAGCGUUUGGAGGUCGAGGGUUCCUGGUGAGGACCGUGGAGGAGCUGCGCAGUGCUUUACAGCUUAGCUUAAGUGAUUGGGAGCGACCAAGUCUGCUUAAUGUGCUUAUUGAUCCCUCCUCUGACAGAAAACAACAGGAAUUCCCUUGGCUCACACGCUCCAACUUAUAGACUGAAAGAGGGAUCUUCUUCCUCUGUUCAGAACAUUAUCAGACCAGAAGUCACAGUUUUCCUGUGCAGCUUCAUACUGGGAAAGUAUGAAGCUGCUUUUGUUCUUUGUAAUUGUUUCCAUGAAAUAAUUAAAUAUUUGUAUUAAUUCUUACUACAUGGUAGAUUUAAAAUGUUUAGAACAAAAACAAAACAUUUUUAUAUAUCCAAUGAACAUCCUUUAUGUCAAAUCAGUGUUUUUACUUUCUUUCACAUAAUACAUUUCAAGGUGAUAAUUAUGAGCAUAACAUGGAUUAUAAGGGCUCAAUAAACUUUUAAAAAUGCUGCAAAA